UUAAUUCUACCACAGACAUGAAAAAUACAAAAACUACACGCAGUACUCGAAUGUCAAGAGCGUCAAGGAAGAAGUCAAAAAGAGGUCCACCUUCAGCAUCCUGGCCAAAUUUUUCCUGUUUAGUUCAGCGGUGAUAUUGUUCUGUGUGCUUAUGUACAUACCGGUUUAUAACAAAGCGAAUAAUCAAAUAUCUAAAGCUAUCGUGUCCGGUUGGUCGGUUCACUCGAACCGAGACACAAAACUGUACGUCAGGCCACAGAACGUGACCGUGGUGCACGAGCCGACCGCCCUGUGCACCGGCGCCGGGCUGUUCCUGCUCAUCGUCGUGUGCUCCGCCACCGGCAACUUCGAGCAGCGCCAGGCCAUCAGGGACACCUGGGGCAGCCAGGCCAGAUACACAGAAAUAAGAAAAGUCUCCGUCAAAAUACGCGAAAAGUACAAAAACUACAACUACUCGUACGAUUUGAUCGGUAAAAGCAAAAGAAUGAAACGCGAGAUCGCAGAUUUGAGUAACUUACUUCCUCACUUAGCGGCCGCGCUCAGGGACAACGUUGAUAAUCUGGAAUCAGAAGCACCCGAAAAGCGUUUUGAUGACGAAAUGUUACCAGAAUUCGACAUGAACAGAGAAAUAGGGGAGCAGACCGAAAACUAUGACUAUAACUUCGAAUCCAACGUGAUGAGGAUACCGCCGCGGGGCUUCGAAGACAAUCCGGACUUGGAUAAAGUUCUGUCUAUACUCAAACUGGACAAACGCUUCCUCAAGGUGGAGGAGAAGUUGCGGAAUACCAAAGUCGAACCAGACUUCAAGCUGGCGUUCAUAUUGGGGCUGCCAGUCAACGACUCCAACUCGGCGGUUCAGAGGAAGAUCGAUGAGGAAAUUGACAAGUACGGGGAUAUCAUACAAGAAGAUUUUAUUGACUCGUACAACAACUUGACACUGAAAUCUAUUAUGAUGCUGAAGUGGAUCAAUAAUAAGUGUAAAGACAAGGUUCGCUAUAUCCUCAAAACGGACGACGACAUGUACAUCAACGUGGUGAACUUAGUGAAUAAUUUACGUAAUAAAUCAAAAGAAUUCGACGAGAGACCGUCGAAGGGCCCGGGCGAGAGGGAGUACUUGCUGCUGGGCGACCUCAUAUGCGGCGCCAGACCCGUGCAGGACGCCAAUAAUAAGUGGUACAGUCCCCGGUACAUGUACAACGCGCGGGUGUACCCCAAGUACUUGUCCGGGACGGGGUACGUGAUGUCCGUGGACGCCGCCGCGGCUCUGUACCGGGCCGCGCUCAACACCAACUACUUCCACCUUGAAGAUAUUUACAUAACCGGUAUGUGCGCCAUGGGAGCCCGGCCGCUGCUGGUGGCCCGCGACGACCCGCUGUUCUCGUACAGCCGGCUGCGGGGCGGCGCCGCCUGCUCCGCGCACGCCAGGGUCACCGCGCACCGGGUGGGACCCCCGCACAUGCGCAGCCUGGACCGCAUGCUCACCGACCAACGAACUGUUGACAAAUGUGAACGUGUGCGGCUCACUGAGGUAAAACCGCAAAAUCGCAGCAUGUACGUAGCUUACAGAUAUACGAAGUUACACAGACUAUAUAAUUGUGAUUAAGUAAUUGCUGGAAACUAAUAAAAGAAAUCUAGUUAUUGGAGGUAUUUCGUUGAGGACUUGUAAAGUUACAUAUUUCACUAGCAUAUCACGUGGAAGGAACCGCUUCAAUCAAAUCGUUGGCUGGCUGGCUCUUAAGGAGAAAUUAGGCCAUCUCCACCUCCACCUCAAAGUUCAUCUAGCUGGAGCAUGCGUAGUUACACAUUAAAACAACUCAGCCUUUCUUAACAAUAUAAAAACUGUUCUGCUAUCGUGGUCUAAUUGGUCCAACGACCGGUCAUGUUCCAUGGAUCCUCAAAUUGUUAGGCCCUGCGCAUGCCCGCAGGUCAUCCGCACCCUUGUCUUUCAAUCAUCAUUCUCCUGUCCUUCCAGUCAACUGGGAUCGGUGUAACAUAUUUUCUUCUUCCAUACUCCUCUAUCAUAUUUUAUAUCAUAUCCAUUACCUCUUCCUCCACCCUCGUCUUCCAAUCUCUACGCGUAAAUACAGGUCGAUAUUACUCCCAGCUCGCAACCCUACUGACGACCUCACCACAUCCAGCAUAGGACCAGAAAGUGCCAUGGAAGUUAUGCUUCUGCGGCUUAAAAAAUAAUACGAUAAAAUUCAAUGUGUCAUACAACCGAUCGUUAUUCUCACGCCAAUCUGUCUCCACAUCCCAAGACUCAGCUCAAAAUACAAGUGUCACCCCUAAUUAUCCUUCAAGAGACGGCUCCAUUGAAUAGUGGAAUAGUUCACUGGUGGUAGGGCCUCUUGUGAGUCCGCACGGGUAGGUACCACCGCCCUGCCUAUUUCUGUCGUGAAGCAGUAAUGCGUUU